UUUAAAUCGAAAUUCCCCUAAAAAAAAAGAAAAGAAAAAAACCCAAAUAUAUAAUCUCCCACGUUGACAUUGACAUUCCAAAACAUUUCUUCAAAAUCACAAAAUUCACUCUAUAAUCUUCACCUCUACCCUAACCUAUCUCAAAAAUUCAUCAAAUCUACUGAGUCUGCCCAAAAAAAAAUAAAAAAAAAAAAAAAUAGUCCAUGGCAGGCUCAGGCUCAGGCUCAGUUUCUUUUUACCUUUUUCUAUCUCUACUCCUUAAUUUUUCAACUACACAUGUUAAUUCCAAUGAACAAGGCUACAUUUCAUUUGAUAUAUCAAAUAAAGGCCUUGAUUUUAUCAAACAAUUUCUAGUACAAAUGGCUGAAACUUCAUUAGUUCCACUUGACUUACCUAAAAUUGAGAAAUCAAAGCAUAUUGCUCUUAUUGGUACAGUUAAUAUUCUUAUUUCAAAUCUUAGUAUUAAUAAAAUUCAUGUAAUUUCUUCUACUGUUAAAGCUGGUGAUACUGGUAUUGUUAUUAGUGUCUCUGGUGCUUAUGCUAAUAUGACUAUGAAUUGGGGAUAUGAGUAUUCCAAUUGGUGGCUUCCUGUUCCUGUUAUGGAUAGUGGGGUAGCUUCUAUUCAGGUUGAAGGUAUGGAUGUUGGAAUUUCUUUCAAUCUAACGAAUAACCAAGGAUCUCUUAUGCUUACUCCCCUGGACUGUGGAUGUUCAGUGAAAGAUAUAUUUAUAAAGUUGAAUGGUGGAGCAUCCUGGCUAUAUCAAGGGUUGAUUGAGGCUUUUGAAGGUAGAUUAACUUCUGCUGUAGAAAAUGCUAUUUCGAAGAAAUUGAGACAAGGAAUUGUGAAGCUCGAUUCAUUAUUGCAGUCCUUACCAAAGGAUAUUCCAAUAAGAAAUAUUGGUGCUUUAAAUGUCACCUUUGUUGGCGACCCACAAUUGCGAGACUCUUCUCUUAUUCUUUCAAUUAAUGGGUUAAUUAGUGCCAAGGAAGCACAUGCAGCACCUGCUUACCCACACUUAUUUGCAUCUCUAGAACACUUAUUAGCAUCAAUUCCUUUGAAGGACCCGGCAAGCAUGGUUACUAUUUCCUUGCAUGAAAAAGUUUUAGCGUCUGCAUCAUCUGUUUACUAUGAUGCCAAUAAAAUGCACUGGAUUGUUGACAAAAUACCUGAACAGUCCUUGUUAAACACUGCUGGAUGGAGGUUUAUUAUCCCACAACUUUACAGGCGAUAUCCAAAUGAUGACAUGAAUCUGAAUGUUUCCAUAUAUUCUCCACCCCAUCCGAAAAUUGAUGAUGAUCAGAUUGAUCUGACGAUUCACGCAGAUGUCGUGAUUAAUGUUUUGAAUUCAGGUGAAGUGACACCAGUUGCAUGCUUUUCAAUGAUAGUCAGUGGUUCAGCUUCUCCAUGGAUUUCCAAAAAUAGUCUUGGAGGAAGCAUUGGAUUGGAUGAAUUUUAUCUAUCUUUGAAAUGGAGUAAAAUUGGCAAUUUUCAUGUGAAUCUAGUUCGGGUACUGAUGUCAACUGCACUGCGGACCGUGAUCCUGCCAUACAUAAACAUAAAACUUGCUAGAGGAUAUCCGCUGCCCACAUUCCACGGCUACAUGCUUCAAAAUGCCAAAAUCCUGUGCAGUGAUUCAUGGAUUAAGAUUUGCAGCGACGUUGCAGCUGUCAAACAAUUAAGUAUAAGUUAGUUCCUACAUCGUAUGGUUGUGACCUAUGUCGUUUGGACCCUCUAAAAAUGCCGCUACACCCAUGUCAGACACUCAAAAAAUGCAUAGGUUUUGGAGGAUCCGUAUGUUUGAAGAGUCGGCGCUAGGAAGGAUUUGUUAGUUCCUCAAUCCCACUGUACCAGACCUUGUACUGAAAUGUAGUUGCACAUUGAUAGACAAAAAUGUAAACUAGGUGUAGAAUGUGUUUGCUAUAUGCAUGUUGCUUAUAUAGCUAUUGUAAAUCCUUCUCUCUUGUUAUAUUCAUGUAGAUUCUCUUUA